AUGCUCGUGAAGAACAUCAUCGCCGCUUUUGCUCUUGCUGGCCUAGCCACUGCUACUCCAGCUGAAAAUAUUCAAGCGAGAGCUAACUCGGGCACAUGCGGUACCGCGACCAACCCACUCACUUCACAUGCGUGGUGCUGUGUUUCUGCAUUGCCCUUGAACAUAUUUUUCAUUCAGGGAGUUGGAUCAAACUGUGUGCAAGCCAUCCACGGAGCAGGCAAUACCUUCACCUGCCCCACUUCUGGUAACACCUUAACACGUCAGAGUUUCCUUUGCUGUGGGAACAACCAGAUUCCGUCGACUGGGGCAACCCCCAAUGUCGUUUGCACUGCCUGA